GGGACCGGACCGCCGCCCGCACUCCCCGGCCGCGUCCCCGCGAAGGGACAAGGAGCUCGCCCCCAGGGACCUCGGGAGAGGCGGGAUCUCUGCGGGAAGGGGAAGCAGGAUUUCGCGGUGUGGCUGGGAGAUGAGGCAGGUGCCCGGAGCGGGGUCCCUCCUGGGGCUGAUGGCUCUCCCAGCGGCGCUGGGACAGAGGAGCUCGGGAAGCUCUAUAAAUAGCAGCCAGCCUCAAAGCUUUGCCAUCGUCUCUUUCAAGUGGGAUCACGUCAAGGACCCUUAUAUCAUUACACUCUGGAUACUUGUGGCCAGCUUGGCCAAAAUCGUUUUCCACUUGUCCCACAAAGUCACUCGGGUGGUUCCAGAGAGUGCUCUGCUGAUUGUUCUUGGUCUCCUCCUCGGUGGCAUUGUAUGGGCAGCAGAUCACAUUGCCUCCUUCACCCUUACACCAACUGUAUUUUUCUUCUAUUUGCUGCCCCCCAUUGUUUUGGACGCUGGAUAUUUUAUGCCAAAUAGAUUGUUCUUUGGAAACCUUGGUUCCAUCCUUUUGUAUGCUGUUAUUGGGACAGUCUGGAAUGCUGCCACAACCGGUUUAUCUCUGUACGGUGUCUAUCAGACAGGAAUAAUGGGCCAGCUGAAUACUGGACUGCUGGACUUCCUUCUUUUUGGAAGCUUAAUUGCUGCUGUGGAUCCUGUAGCUGUUCUAGCAGUGUUUGAAGAAGUUCAUGUCAACGAAGUUCUAUUCAUCAUUGUUUUUGGAGAAUCACUUCUGAAUGAUGCUGUAACUGUGGUGCUGUACAAUGUGUUUGAAUCUUUUGUUACAAUAGGUCAAGACAGUGUGACGGGGACUGAAUGUGCCAAAGGCAUAGUGUCAUUCUUUGUGGUAAGCCUAGGUGGGACACUGGUUGGCAUUUUCUUUGCAUUUCUGCUCUCAUUGGUCAGUCGUUUCACCAAACAUGUGAGAAUCAUUGAACCUGGAUUUGUGUUCAUCAUAUCCUACCUGUCCUACCUCACAGCAGAGAUGCUUUCUCUUUCUGCUAUCCUUGCGAUAACUUUCUGUGGCAUCUGCUGUCAGAAAUACGUCAAGGCUAACAUAUCUGAACAAUCUUCUACAACUGUCAGAUAUACCAUGAAAAUGAUGGCCAGUGGAGCAGAAACUAUUAUCUUCAUGUUCCUGGGAAUUUCAGCUGUAAAUCCAGACAUCUGGACUUGGAAUACAGCUUUUAUUCUGUUGACUCUGGUCUUCAUCUCGGUAUAUAGAGUAAUUGGUGUAGUUUUACAGACAUGGAUUCUUAACCACUACAGAAUGGUCCAGCUGGAGAUAAUAGACCAGGUGGUGAUGUCAUAUGGUGGACUACGUGGAGCAGUUGCUUUUGCUCUGGUUGCACUUCUGGAUAAGGACAAAGUGCAUGAGAAAAACCUGUUUGUCAGCACAACUAUCAUUGUUGUAUUUUUUACUGUUAUUUUCCAGGGGCUGACUAUCAAGCCUUUGGUACAAUGGCUGAAAGUGAAGAAAACUGAACACAGAGAGCCAAAACUGAAUGAGAAACUACAUGGCAGAGCCUUUGAUCACAUUCUUUCUGCUAUAGAAGAUAUUUCUGGACAAAUAGGACAUAAUUAUCUGAGAGACAAGUGGUCCAAUUUUGAUAGGAAAUUCCUCAGUAAAGUACUGAUGAGAAGGUCUGCUCAAAAAUCAAGAGACCAGAUCCUUAAUGUUUUCCAUGAACUCAACUUGAAGGAUGCAAUUAGCUAUGUGGCUGAGGGAGAACGUAGAGGUUCCUUGGCAUUUAUACGUUCUCCAAGUACAGACAACAUGGUAAAUGUGGAUUUCAGCACACCACGUCCGAGUACUGUGGAAAGCUCUGUCUCUUAUUUACUAAGAGAAAAAGCUGGACCAGUUUGCCUUGACAUGCAAGCUUUAGAGCAGAGGAGGAAAAGUAUCCGGGACACAGAAGACACAGUCGCUCAUCAUACCCUACAACAGUACCUGUAUAAACCCAGGCAGGAGCACAAACACCUGUACAGUCGACAUGAGAUCAUGCACAAUGAAGAUGAGAAACAAGACAAGGAGAUCUUCCAUAGGACAAUGAGGAAGCGCUUAGAAUCUUUCAAGAGUACCAAACUAGGAAUAAACCAUUCCAAGAAGCUCAAUAAAAUCCACAAGCGGGACCGGGGCCAAAAAAGGCGAAACAGCAGCGUCAUACCAAAUGGAAAAAUACCUUCAGAAAAUCCAGUACAAGAUUUUACUUUGAAGGAAAAAGAUUUGGAGUUUUCUGAAUCAGAAGAAAAUAAUGAUUAUGAAACUUUGCAUCUAGGCAAAGGAGUUGACUUCCUUGCUAACGUGACGAAGCAAAAUUUCACAGAUACUCCUACUGGAACUGGUGAUAUGGACCAUGAUGUUGAAAUGACAGAAUAUUCCUCUUCAGAUGACCAACUCAACCAAAACCAAAGUGUUUCAGUGACUCCCCUCCACUUCUUCCCAUCAUGUCUUCAAAUGCCUUGGACACAAAACCAUUCUUCAUUGGAAAACAGAGGGAAUAUAUCUCUUUCUACUGUCUCUGAGUACAUAGCUUCUUGUGACCCAAAUGUACCUGAUUUCUUCUGGGAAGCAGGUACUGACAUGAAUAACAAAGAGACAGUCAACUCAGGUUAUGGUUCUGAAGUUAGCUACAAGUCAGAGAAUUCACAAGAAGAGAAUUCUCUACUUAUGUUUGAAGGACUGGAAGACUCUUACAUGAAGGAGCCCCAAGAGAAGAAAAUGUUGCUUGAUGUACAAGGAAAUUACAGAUCUGCUGCAGCCAGACGUGUACAAAGCCGACGUUCUUUUCACAGGCCAAAACCUCUGCAACAUCCUAAGCUUCAGAAGCUAGCAUCGCUUCCAGCAUCUUGCCAUGUCCCUCCACAUUCUCUGGAACAAGAGGAAACACAGUUGUGAGCCAGGACUUGCUUGAAAGGAGAAGAUAAGACAGAAUAACUUGGACAAAGGGCUUCUGUAAAAAUAGAGAGCAACCUAUUGGUUCAAGGGUUCUGCUCUAGAAUGUUUUCAGAUGGCAAGGGAGUGGAGUCCCAUCGUAUCAGAAACAAUGGAGCUUUUCUGCUGCACUUACAUUUUUAAGUUCUCAUUCAUAAUGAAAGGGUGCAUUGUGAAGGGGAAAUAUGCCUUGUUAUUUUUUCAUGUAGACUGUUACAAAAAAUCAAUAUUAUUUUUGGAGGGCUAAACCAAGAAUCUUUCACAUGGUAAAUCCUUGGUUUUUUACAUGGAAAUGGUUUAUUAUGCCAUUAUGCCAUAAAUACAUCUAAAGAAAUAGGCUGCAUUUUCUGUUUUGGUAAUGGAAUUCAGUAUUUAUGAUGUAUGAAAUUAAUGUAGGAGGAGCCAAUGGUUAGCCUCUUGCUAACUUGCUAAGCUAAGUCUACUCUGAUUGAAAUGGAUCAGUGCCUUUUAUAAGUGCAAACUAAAGAAAAAUAUUUUUCUCCUCUUGAAUAUUUGUGUCACUGAGUAACUGUAGGAUAUUGACACUUUCCGGGGAGAGGAAAGUCUUGGCAUCUUGAAAAUUAAUUAAGGACUCCAGGAAGGCCAUUUCCUUCCUUCACCUUCAUUUCUUCUACUGAGUAGCACUGGAAUGAAAGAACAUCCAGAAUUAGCUCAGAACUUUACUUUGUGUGGUCACAAGCAACUCAUUUCAUAUUUCUAAUUAAGCUGCUCUAUUUUAAAUAGCCUCACUCAGAUAGAAAUGUAAAUAUUCGUAAUUUUGACUGCUGCUUUGGAAGACACCUUCCAAAUUCUCUGUUAGAUUAUUUUGUUAAUUUAUGUAUCACUUUCAACAGUUGAUCAGGAUAAUGGUCUCUCAGAGGCUAUCCUGUGUUUUGCCACAUGGUUUAAGUGCCACAAUGACUCAGGAUGUUGAUGGUUCAAAGUAUUGUACAGUUAGUUUGGCUACUGCGUACGUAUAUACCUGUCUGUGUUAGGAACUUCCUUUAUUCUUUUGUCCCCAGUUUUUUGUUAAAUGAUAGUAGUUAAGAUUGCACUAGACACUUACUGCAUAUUAAUCUGAUCUACGUCACCUUGAAGACAGCUGGAAACAUCAGUGAAAGCCAACUCAGAUGAAAACUAAUAAAGUGAAAACUCUGAGACCUCUCAUGGAUGUAUAAUGCUACAUGCCAGUGUAUAGUCCUCUGGCCUAUCUGUAUUUUGUCUUGGAUGAUUCCAGUCCUGAAAUUUUGGCUUGAAAUUUUCAGUGGUAUAAGUUGAAAAGGUUCUGUGACAUCAGUAGAAGAUGAGUCCUUAGCCACUUCUGUGAUCCUAAUGUGUACCUUAUUUCUAUUUGAUAUCAAGCGUAAACCAUUUGUAAAUGUGCUAAGUCACCUUCAAGGAGGUAUCUGAAUUGCUAAAGACGGGCUCCAACAGAAGCUUUAUUUGAUAAAUUUUACUUUAUAUAUAGGAAUUAGUGUUUGUUUCACUCUACCUACCCUGAUUUUGAAUGGGUUCCAGGUGAUCUGUGUCAGA